GGAUUCAUUUGACGUUUUUCUUUCUUUGAUUAAUAACGGUGAAGAUUUGUGGGGUCUAUGAUUGAUUAGCGGGUCGACUCUUUCUGUUUAUAAGAGCUUCUUUAAACUCGAAACUUUUCAUAUUAGUUUCUAUCAGUUUUCUAUAGUGAUGGCAUUUCAUACUGCAGGAAACGCUACUUUACAUAUGCUCGUAAUCUUUUCUCUUCUGAUUAUGAUUGUAUCUGCAGAAACAAGCUUAAAAUCUGAAGUUGAGGCCUUGAAGGCCUUCAAGAAUGCUGUAGUCGACCCUUUAGGAGCACUUGCUAAUUGGACUGAAGCAAAUCAUCACUGCAAUUGGUCUGGCGUUGUCUGUGACCCUUCUUCGAAUCGUGUCAUUUCGAUAUCUUUGGCUCAGAAGCAGCUUCAAGGCCAGAUAUCUCCUUUUCUUGCAAAUCUCUCCGCCCUCCAGGUUCUUGAUUUAACUUCAAAUUCAUUUACUGGGCACAUUCCACCCCAGCUGGGACUUUGUUCCCAGCUAAUUAGUAUUUCUCUUUAUGAAAAUUCUCUUUCAGGUCCAAUUCCAUCAGAACUAGGAAACCUUCAAAAUCUGCAGUAUGUAGAUUUAGGAGCUAAUUUCUUGAAUGGAAGCAUUCCUGAAAAUAUUUGUAAUUGCACCUUUUUGCAAUCUUUUGGCGUUGAUUCUAAUAAUCUGACUGGCAGAUUACCCAGAGACAUUAGGAACUUAGUCAACUUGCAAGUUUUCGUGGCAAAUUUUAAUAACUUAGAAGGUUCAAUACCUGUUUCCAUUGGAGAGUUGCAAACCUUGCAAGGUUUACAUAUUAGUGAAAACCACUUGUCUGGAGUAAUACCUAGAGAGAUAGGGAACUUAUCCAACUUGGAGGUUCUUGAGUUGUAUGGAAAUUCCCUUGUCGGGGAAAUCCCUUCUGAACUAGGUAGCUGCAAGAAUCUUGUCAAUCUUGAACUAUACAGAAAUCAGUUCACUGGAGCCAUUCCUUCUGAGCUUGGAAACUUGAUCCGCUUAGAAACAUUGCGGUUGUACAAAAAUCGACUAAAUUCCACCAUUCCUCUUUCCUUGUUCCAGUUGACAUCAUUAACCAAUUUAGGUCUCUCAGAGAAUCAGUUGACUGGUAUGGUACCCCGUGAGCUAGGAUCCUUGAAGUCAUUGCAGGUAUUGACACUGCAUUCAAACAAAUUCACUGGGCAGAUCCCUAGAUCGAUAACAAACCUGUCAAAUUUGACGUACUUGUCUCUGAGCAUCAAUUUCCUUACAGGAAAAAUUCCAUCAAACAUAGGAAUGCUUUACAAUUUAAGAAACCUUAGCCUGAGCAGAAACUUGCUUGAGGGAUCCAUCCCUUCUAGCAUUACCAACUGUACCGGGCUUCUCUACCUAGAUUUAGCUUUUAAUAGAAUCACCGGGAAACUUCCAUGGGGUUUGGGGCAGUUGCACAAUUUAACAAGGUUAAGUCUUGGACCGAAUAAAAUGUCCGGGGAGAUACCUGAUGACCUUUAUAAUUGUUCCAAUCUUGAGGUGUUAAAUUUGGCAGAGAAUAAUUUCAGUGGAUUGCUGAAACCAGGCAUUGGCAAACUCUACAACCUACAAACGUUGAAAGCUGGCUUUAAUUCAUUAGUAGGGCCAAUCCCACCAGAGAUUGGCAACUUAAGUCAACUGAUCACAUUAUCACUUGCUGGAAACAGAUUUUCAGGCCUCAUUCCACCGACAUUAUUCAAGCUUUCUCUCCUCCAAGGACUGUCCUUGCAUAGCAAUGCUCUAGAAGGCGCAAUACCUGAAAAUAUUUUUGAGCUGAAACAUUUAACUGUUCUCAUGCUCGGGGUUAAUAGGCUCACAGGUCAAAUUCCAGCUGCUAUCUCAAAACUUGAAAUGCUUUCAGACUUGGACCUGAACAGCAACAUGUUUAAUGGAUCCAUUCCUACAGGUAUGGAGCGUCUUAUUAGACUAAACUCUCUAGAUCUCUCUCACAACCAUCUCAAAGGAUCAAUUCCUGGAUUGAUGAUAGCAAGCAUGAAAAAUAUGCAGAUAUCUCUUAACUUGUCGUACAAUUUGUUGGGAGGAAAUAUUCCAGUUGAGCUAGGCAAGUUGGAUGCAGUACAAGGCAUUGAUCUCUCAAACAACAAUCUUUCAGGUAUAAUUCCUGAAACAAUUGGAGGCUGCAGAAAUUUGUUCUCACUUGAUCUGUCAGGGAAUAAGCUCUCUGGUUCAAUUCCAGCUAAAGCUUUUAGUCAGAUGAGCGUGCUUACCAUAUUGAACCUUUCCAGGAAUGAUUUAGAUGGCCAAAUCCCUGAAUCGUUUGCAGAAUUAAAGCAUUUAACCACCCUAGACCUGUCUCAGAACCAGCUGAAGGACAAAAUACCUGAUAGCCUUGCCAAUCUUUCCACCUUGAAACAUCUUAAUUUGACUUUCAAUCAUCUUGAAGGUCAAAUUCCUGAGACAGGCAUUUUCAAAAACAUUAAUGCUUCCAGUUUCAUUGGAAAUCCUGGUCUCUGUGGAAGCAAAUCUUUAAAGUCAUGCAGCAGGAAGAGUUCACAUUCCUUAUCAAAGAAGACAAUAUGGAUUUUGAUAUCUCUUGCAGUGGUUUCCACACUUCUCAUUCUGGUGGUACUGAUAUUAAUGCUCCUCCAACGUGCCAAAAAGCCUAAAGCAGAACAAAUUGAGAAUGUAGAACCAGAAUUCACUGCCGCAUUGAAACUCACCAGGUUUGAGCCGAUGGAAUUAGAAAAGGCAACUAAUCUCUUCAGUGAAGAUAACAUAAUCGGUUCUAGCAGUUUAAGCACUGUUUACAAGGGUCAACUAGAGGAUGGACAGGUUGUAGUUGUAAAGAAACUGAACUUACAGCAGUUCCCUGCAGAAUCUGACAAGUGCUUCUAUAGAGAAGUCAAAACAUUGAGCCAGCUGAGGCACAGGAAUCUGGUGAAGGUAAUUGGCUAUUCCUGGGAGAGCGCUAAAUUAAAGGCGUUAGUUCUGGAGUACAUGCAGAAUGGGAGCUUGGACAACAUCAUUCAUGACCCUCAUGUUGAUCAAUCGAGGUGGACAUUAUUUGAGAGAAUAGAUGUCUGUAUCUCGAUUGCGAGUGGGCUGGAUUACAUGCAUUCUGGUUAUGACUUCCCUAUUGUUCAUUGUGACUUGAAACCCUCUAACAUUCUAUUGGACAGUAACUGGGUUGCCCAUGUUAGCGACUUUGGAACAGCUCGAAUUCUAGGCGUACAUCUCCAAGAUGCAACCAUCCUUUCCUCAAUAUCAGCUUUUCAAGGCACCAUAGGCUACUUGGCUCCAGAAUUUGCAUACAUGAGGAACGUCACAACUAAAGUUGAUGUCUUCAGCUUUGGAAUCUUAGUUAUGGAGUUCUUAACGAAACAAAGGCCAACAGGAAUUACAGAAGAGGAAGGACGGCCAAUCAGUCUGAGUCAACUCAUUGAAAAAGCCCUGUGCAAUGGGACCGGAGGUUUGCUUCAAGUUUUAGACCCUGUGAUUGCUAAAAAUGUGUCCAAGGAGGAAGAAACAUUGAUUGAACUCUUUAAGCUGGCCUUGUUCUGCACCAAUCCAAAUCCUGAUGAUCGGCCCAACAUGAAUGAGGUGCUGUCUUCCCUUAAGAAGCUGAGAAGAGAAAGUAGAAGUGGUGUUUUAUAGAGACCACGAAAAUAGAAAUUUCUGUUAUAGAAUUAGAAGCCAUAAUCCACAAAGCAGCCUUGGCAAAAUGACUGAUCUUGUGAAGUGUGUUAAUUGAGUUCUAAUUGGUUUACAGGUUUGAUUUCUAUCUAACUCGGCAUUCUUCAGACCAUAAUUAUCACUUCCUAGUAUAGGGCAUUGGUGCUAUAACAUAUCAAGAAUGUCGGCCAAUGUUAUAAGUUGCCCUUGCAUCCAAUAGAGAUAUGCCACAUCUGCCUCUGGAUAUGGAUAUAUUGCUAGCUAGAUAUCUUCAUAAAUGUACAAAUUAUCUUGAAUAAUAGCAACAACGCCAAGAAAGUGAUGCUCUUUUCUUUUUCUUCUGAAA